AUGAAUGUGUUACAAUUAUUGGAAAGCGCCAACGAGGCCGCGGAAGGUUACAAGAGUAUCUACGUGAAGAAGCACCUCGAACUAGAUUACGACGUGGGCCGGCUGAUGGCGGCCGACCCCAACGAUCUGGACUACACGUUACUACGCCGAGGAAAAGAGGAUUUUCUUAGAGAUUUAACACGCGACAAUACACAAUUGCUAAUUAAUAAAAUUUGGGAGCUGCCGACCGAGCGCGUUGAUGAGGCAAUCAUUGCUAAGCUGCCACUUUCUAACUAUGCAUUACCUAGGGCCAAGCCAGUGCCUACUCCCAAACCACUCACAAAGUGGCAACAGUUUGCUUUGGACAAGGGCAUUAAGAAGACAAAGCAGUCUAAGCUUUCAUGGGAUGAACAACUUCAGAAAUGGAUACCAAAAUAUGGAUACAAGAGGGCUGCAGCUGAAAAGGACAAAGAUUGGGUGCUGGAGGUGCCACAGAAUGCUGAUCCCUAUGAAGAUCAGUUUGCCAAGAAAGCAAUGGCUAAGUCUGAGAAGGUGGCAAAGAAUGAGCUGCAAAGAUUGCGGAACAUUGCAAAGGCAAAGAAUAUCAAAGUGCCAAAAACAGGAUUAUUGAAUCCUGAUGUUUCAUCUGCAAAGAAGUAAUUACAGACAGCUGUAACAGUAGCGAAAUCAUCCACCGCAAGCGUAGGUAAAUUCCAAAAUAAACUACCAAAAGAGAAGGAAGCAACCAACGUGCACACGUUAGUGCCGGGUGGGAGUAGAAAACGGAAGUUGCCACCGAUAUCGGGCGAUGCCGAGAAGCAAGAAAGUCUUAACCUAAUUGAUUCGGUGCUCAACAAGAAGCCGAAAAUACACAUUGAGAAAGCUGUAGCAAUACAAUUAAAUAAAGAGCAAAUAGAUCGGUCGGAGGAAAAUCACAGCGGACGGCCGAAAGCUGGCCGUAGUGGCAAGGUAAAGGACGCAAAGAAUGCCAAGAAACCGAAGAGCCGCAAGGGAUUGCAUAAAGGACCCGGCAACAAGGGCCGUAAACGUCGCUAGGAGCCACCAUGUGUUUGAACGCUGCAUUGUAUAUACAAAAA